CCGACCCACCACGAAAGUGUCAGCUGAUAUUUGUUGUCGACUUUAAUCCGUUAGCUAGCUAAAUCGGCUCUUCUGUACUGGUGCUAGAACGAAGUGUCCAGUAGCAUGCAAAAGAUGUUGACCCUCAUCUCAAACGUGUACCGACUUGGCAACGCCAGCAAGAAUGUGGGAGCCCAAACCGUGUCAGAGGGGGCCAGGAUGGUGUUGUCCACACGCUUCUUCACUGACUUCACCCCACAGGCCAGUUUUGACAUCAAGAAGUGUGAGCUGCACCGUCUGGAGGCGGGCCCUUCUGAGACAGCGGUGUUGACCAGAGAACAGGGCCUCCAGUACUACAGGACCAUGCAGACCAUGAGACGCAUGGAGCUGAAGGCUGACCAGCUCUACAAGCAGAAGAUCAUCAGAGGCUUCUGCCACCUCUACGACGGACAGGAGGCGUGUGCGAUGGGCAUCGAGGCGGGCAUCAACCCAACAGACCACCUGAUCACAGCGUACCGUGCCCAUGGCUACACUUUCACACGGGGUGUAUCCGUUAGAGAGAUCAUGGCUGAACUCACAGGUCGUAGAGGAGGUGUGGCCAAGGGCAAAGGUGGUUCUAUGCACAUGUACGCUAAACACUUCUAUGGAGGGAAUGGAAUCGUGGGGGCUCAGUGUGUGUGUCUACAGGUUCCAUUGGGUGCUGGUGUGGCACUAGCCUGUCAGUACCAGGGCAACAACCAGGUGUGCGUGGCGCUGUACGGAGACGGAGCAGCCAACCAGGGCCAGAUCUUUGAGUCCUUCAACAUGGCGGCUCUGUGGAAGCUGCCGUGUAUCUUCAUCUGUGAGAACAACAAGUUUGGCAUGGGGACGUCUGUAGAGAGAUCCUCUGCUAGCACUGACUACUUCAAGAGAGGAGACUAUAUACCUGGAAUCAAGGUGGAUGGCAUGGACGUGCUGUGUGUGAGGGAGGCCAUCAAGUUUGCUGCAGACUACUGCAGAGCCGGGAAGGGUCCUAUUGUGAUGGAGCUGGAGACCUACCGUUACCAUGGACACAGCAUGAGCGACCCCGGGGUUAGCUACCGCUCACGUGAGGAGAUCCAGGAAGUGCGCAGUAAGAGUGACCCCAUCACCAUGUUGAAGGAACGCAUGCUGUCCAACAACAUGGCUUCUGUGGAGGAGAUCAAGGAGAUAGAUGUAGACAUCAGGAAGGUAAUCGAGGACGCAGCCCAGUUUGCCAUCUCUGACCCUGAGCCACCAUUGGACGAGCUCUGUAACCACAUCUUUGCCAACGAUCUGCCCAUGGAGGUCCGCGGGACCAACCCCUGGGUCAAACUGAAGUCUGUCAGCUAGACUCACACACACGCGCACACACACACGAACCAAACUACUGUGCAAUCUAUCAGCUACACAUCCCUUCCUACCCUCUGCAACACCAACCCCUGGGUGAAAGUCUAAUCCUCCUCCGUCCCUCUUCUCAUUCCCUCGUUAGUUGUCUCUAAACGCACAAUAUGAGAGGUCAUGACCUUGUAGUUCAGAGUUCACUCUGUAGCAGCAUUCCAAACCAGUCCGUCUCUUCUGACUCUCUGUCACUGGUAUGUAUAGAGUAUAGUAUGUAGUUUUAUAUUGAUGUGUUCUCCUGAUACUGAGGGACUGUAGGUGGGAGGUGUAUGGCUUAGGGCAGGCUGUUGUUCCAGUCUAGCACUAACACACCUGAUUCAAUCAGUCACCAAGACAUUCCUUAGCUGGAUCUGGUGUGUUCAUGCUCAUACUUACUAAGGUUGCACACCCUAGAACACUUCAGAACCAGGGUUGGCCACCCCAGGCUAAGGGUGUGUGUGUGGGGGUGGUUUUGGGUUAAACCAAGUCUCUUUGUUUCUAAUGCUCCCAUCUGUUAAUGUAUGACCUCUGACCCAGAUGUUAUUGUAGCACUCGUUGCACUUUGAUAUAUAAAAUAACGAGACACCAGACUGCAAGUCGUUAUGUUAUCAUAGGAAAAGAGACAAGCAAUGGUAGUUCAUUUCUCUCACCUCCUUUCUCCCUCUCCUUCUCAUCUUCUCUGCCUCCCUCCCUCCUCUCCGUGAGGAGCAGAUACCGAUCCAAGCCCUGAUAAACUGAUGAGGAACAUCUGUGAGAACUGAACGAUUGUAAUACUGUUGUGAUUUGAUUGGAGCAAUAAAGUUGGCUGAGUCUGUA